GCUCUCUCUGACAGGUCGCCAUCUUGUUUGGGCUAGUCGGAGGAGGGGUGGAAAACAUCCUCCACCACCCGCAGCAGCAGCACCACCACGGCCGGUAAAACACGAUAAGCACAAAACGACUAUCCGGCCUCCCCUUCCCCUUUCCCUUGUGGUGAGAAGGCACUGAGAUGUUUUAUGCCCACUUUGUUCUCAGCAAACGUGGGCCGCUGGCCAAAAUCUGGCUGGCGGCCCACUGGGACAAGAAGCUGACCAAGGCACAUGUCUUUGAAUGCAAUCUAGAGAGCAGCGUGGAGAGCAUCAUCUCACCCAAGGUUAAAAUGGCUUUACGGACAUCAGGGCAUCUGCUGCUGGGGGUGGUAAGGAUCUACCACAGGAAGGCCAAGUACCUGCUGGCAGACUGUAACGAGGCCUUCAUCAAAAUCAAGAUGGCGUUUAGACCAGGUGUGGUGGAUCUUCCAGAGGAGAACAGAGAAGCAGCCUACAACGCUAUCACGCUUCCUGAGGAGUUCCAUGAUUUUGACCAGCCACUACCAGAUCUAGAUGAUAUUGACGUUGCUCAGCAGUUCAACUUGAACCAGAGCAGAGUGGAGGAGAUCACCAUGCGAGAGGAGGUGGGCAACCUCAACUUGCUGCAGGACAAUGACUUCGCUGAUUUUGGUAUGGACGACCGGGAGAUGAUGCGGGAGGAGAGUGCGUUUGAGGUGGACAUCAUGGGAGUGUCAGCUUCUAACCUGCUGCUGGAGGCUGAGGGUGGAGCUAACGCAAUGGCUGACAAAUCCAACCAUCUAGAGUACGAUGACCAGUACAAGGAUGACUUCGGAGACAACCCCAUGGAGAACAACGAGGGAGGCAUGCUGGUGGACAAGCUGCUGAGUAACGAGGAUGGAGGCGGCAUCUUUGACGACCCUCCAGCCAUCACAGAGAGUGUGAUGAUGCCUCAGGACCAUGGAGACGAUGACGACGACUUUGAUGCUCUCUCGGCGGGCGCCCCAGAUAGUCCAGACUCAGGCCCAACAGAGCCGCUACCAGCCAUGGCAGACCAGACAGAACAGACCACCCUGGUUCACAACGAGGAAGAAACCUUCGCCCUGGAGCCGAUUGACAUCACAGUGAAGGAGACCAAGGCAAAGCGUAAGAGGAAGCUGAUUGUGGACAGCGUGAAGGAGUUGGACAGUAAAACUAUCCGUGCACAGCUGUCUGAUUACUCUGACAUUGUCACCACCCUGGACCUGGCACCGCCCACCAAGAAGCUGAUGAUGUGGAAGGAGACGGGAGGAGUCGAGAAGCUUUUCUCUCUCCCUGCUCAGCCUCUCUGGAAUGCUAGGCUGCUGAAGAUGUUUACAAGGUGUCUGACGCCACUGGUACCAGACGAGCUUAGGAAGAGGAGGAAAGGUGGAGAAGCUGACAGUCUGGAUGAGUUCCUCAAGGAUCUGGAGAACCCUGAGGUACCCAGAGAGGACAUAGCAGGACACCAGCAGAGAGACAUCAUGGACCAGACCAUCAUGGAAGAGGCCAGUGUUUUGCAGACGUCAGUUGUGGAAGGCAGCAGGACGACGCUGGACGAGUCCGCCAUGCCCCCUCCGUCCUCCCAACCUAGUCUCAAACACAAAGCCCAGGACACAGAACCAGCUCUGCCUAUGGGAGCUUUGGACCAGCAACAACAGCCGCAGGGGUCCGGAGCCUCUGAUGUGUCCCAGCAGCUGGAGACAUCCAAUGUGGAUCUGCCCCCAGAGGAAACCACUAACAUCAGUCAGAUGAUAGAGUUGGACCUGCUUGGUGACAAGGACAAGAAGAAGAAUGAUGGUGACUCUGAUGAAGAGGAGGAGGAGGGGCAGGGAGGAGACCAGGACCAGGAGGAGAGGAGGUGGAACAAAAGAACCCAGCAGAUGCUCCACGGCCUCCAGAGGGUGAUGGCCAAAACAGGCGCCCAGUCGGUCGGCCUGCUGGAUCUGUGCAGGAACAACAACAAGAAGCAGGCGGCCGCUAAGUUCUACAGUUUCCUGGUUCUGAAGAAGCAGCAGGCGGUGGAGCUCGUCCAGGAAGAGCCUUACAGCGACAUCAUAGCUACGCCCGGACCUCGCUUCCACAUCAUCUAGAAAACACAACUUUACUUUGCAAAAAAGGAACUCUGCACAUAACACUGUUUGUCUGUCACGUUUUAUUUAUUUAUUUGAGUUUGUUGACUUUGUUUUGUGUAUGAUGUGGCGUUUUAUCUUCUGUCUGCAACAUUUUAAUAUUAAGCUACGGUGGAAGGAAUGAAGUCUAAAUAACAUGGUUGGAUUAUUCAGAGGUUACUUCCAACCCCAAACAAUGAGCACUUUCCUUAUUUGUUAUUUAUUGUAUUUUUUUAUUAUUAAGACUCAUUUUAUAGCCAAGAUAGUAUUAAGUAGGUAAGUUAAAGGGAGCACAGUGUAUUCCUUUUUUGUCUGGAGUUUCAUUAACUCAAUCUAAUUGUUUUUUUUUUAAGCAGAUGACACCAACUUUGACGAGCACUUCCCUCUACAACCUGUUGUGCGGGACUGGCGUGGCACCUAAGUUAAAAUGAGUCUAGUUUAAGAUAUGUUUACAGUAAGAGGGAUGACUUGAUCAACUUGGAGGUUGAGCCAUCCCACCGCUGCAGGAAAGAAGUUGUCAUGUACGUUUAUGGACAUUGACCAAAAGAAGCAUGCACUAUAUCCAGAGUGUGCAAGUACAUUUAAACAGUUACUUUGUGAACUCGACCACCAAUGAAGCAUUAUACAACUGUAGCACUAAGAAUCUAAACUUGUUUUUGCAAAUGCGUCGUUUGCAUCAUUGACUGUUUGCACAAAAUGGAAGUUGUCCCAAAUCUAUACUACAUACUAAUCCAAAAAUCUAUUUUGAGUGUAUUGCUGUUGCAUAAUAUUCUCCUACAAUGUAAUAGACAAAGGAAAUAAAAUGAGAUGAUCAUAAAAAAAGUUCAAGCUAGUUGAAGAUGCUGGUGAAACUGCUCCAAGAAGAAAUAACUAUUACAUCUCUGGACAAACAUGCCGCUGUCUGUUUAGUUUAACAGUAGCAUUCAAAAGCUGCAGUUUAAUUAACGCCAGACAACACCUUAUUUUUUACAGUGAUUUCUUGUAUAUAAACUGCAAAAACUAUAAAUGGUAUUAGAUUACAUACUGUAUAUACCUAGUAUGUACAAUGGAAUUAGGACACAGCUUAUGAGAGCUUCAGUUUCAACCUCUAGAUGAGAUGAACAUCUCUAGUCUGUUAUACUUGCAUGCUCUUUCCUGAAAUAUUUAAGUGUGGAUUUGCUCGGGAAACUACCAUUUGUAUUACCGUGUUACUAUUUAUUCGUGACUUUAUCCAGUGUCCCUUUUAUAUAUGGAUAGUCAUUUAGUUACUGGGUAACACACUUAUCUAUAACUGACAGUGUAAAGCAAGUAAAUACUUCAAUAUUCAUUUUAUGGAUGUAUUAUAUAUAUCAAGAGAAUUACCUGUUUUAUUUUAAAGAAACAUUGAAUUUUAAUGUAAAGAAUUACUUGAUAACACGAUUAAGUGAAGUCUGAAUGGACAUAUGUUAUGAACGUUGUCGCUUGGACUCUAAACUCAUUGUACCAGAAAAUAUUACAGGCUGAAUUAAGCAGACACUCAAAUUACACCGCAAAAACAAGCAGACCACCAAACCGUUGUGACCACUCUUGUGUCUGAAAAGAAAGCUGAAUACAUUGUUUUUGAUAUCCACUUCCAUGUGAACUGUAUCAUGUAAUGUCAAAGUGCAUCUUACAUUUUAACUAUGUGCCUGUAAACCUGCUAUUUUUUACUUAGUAUACAAGCCAAGACAAAUCAUCUCAAACUAAAACAUACUGCUGUGUUUCUGAACGGUUUCAGUCCUAUGCCCGUAAGCUGUAAGCCUGAGUCCCGGAAACCGUUGCAACAUUUUUCUAAAUAAACAAUACCAUGAG